ACGUAUUGAGAAUGUGCUCAGUGCCAGCAGCCAGCGCUGGAGGGGGACAUGAGCCUAUAAAACAUCUCGAGCCCUCUCUAACUUCCUUACAGGCGGUGCUCUUUCAGACCGGGUUUACUUCCUCCAGUCUCCCUCGCUUCUCUCUUCCUUAACUCAUUGUUGGAUUACUUAUCUAGAUCAGUAAACAUGGCAACGCUGAGAGCUCUGAGAAAAUUCUGCCAGCAAUCUAAGCAUCAAGUGUGCAGUGUACAUAUGUCCGCAUCAAGACAGGAAGCUGUGGUCAUCUCAGGCAGGAAGUUGGCCCGUCAGAUCCGGGAGGAGGCCAGGGCCGAUGUAGAACAGUGGGUCUCCACUGGCAACAGAAGACCCCACCUGAGCGUGGUCCUUGUGGGAGAUAAUGUAGCCAGUCACUCCUACGUCCUGAAUAAGACCCGGGCUGCAGCUGAUGUUGGUAUCAGCAGUGAGACCAUCCUGAAGCCCUCCUGUAUCGCUGAGGAUGAACUCAUGGACCUGAUCUACAAACUCAACACAGACCACCGGGUGGAUGGCCUGCUGGUGCAGCUGCCUCUGCCAGAACACAUUGACGAGCGGCGCAUCUGUAAUGCUGUGUCCCCCGACAAGGAUGUGGACGGCUUCCAUGUGGUCAAUGUAGGCCGCAUGUGCCUGGACCAGUCCACCAUGCUGCCCGCCACUCCCUGGGGAGUCUGGGAAAUAAUCAAACGCACAGGAAUUCCUACCCUUGGAAAGAAUGUUGUGGUAGCGGGACGCUCCAAGAAUGUGGGCAUGCCCAUUGCCAUGUUGCUGCACUCGGAUGGACGCCAUGAGAGGCCAGGGGGUGAUGCCACGGUCACUAUCUCUCACCGCUACACACCAAAGGAACAGCUCCGUCAGCACACAAGAAUUGCAGACAUCAUUGUUGCUGCUGCAGGGAUUCCAAACCUCAUCACCGCAGACAUGAUCAAAGAAGGAGCAGUCGUUAUUGAUGUUGGAAUAAACAGAGUGCAUGACCAUGUUACUGGCAAGGACAGACUUGUAGGGGACGUGGAUUUUGAAGGUGUGAGACAAAAGGCUAGCUUCAUUACCCCAGUGCCUGGAGGAGUAGGACCCAUGACAGUGGCCAUGCUUAUGAAGAACACAAUCAAGGCAGCUAAGAACCUCCUGCUGACUCCCGCUGAGAGGAUCCGCAUGGUAGCCUCUUCAUAACAGGCCAUACCUGACUCCAUCAAGUGACACAUUCCAUCCCGCCACCCCUUCCCUUUUUUUAAUCUGAGCAACUCGGCGAACUCCACUGCACACAGACACAGAUCGAAACAUGAUUGCUUUAGGAUUCUCAACUUGCUGGUACCUUCCACUUUCAUAAUCUCCACCCGCCAUUUCAGACUAUUACCAUUUCAGACUAUUACCAUUUCAGACUAUUACCAUUUCAGACUAUUACCAUUUCAGACUAUUACCAUUUCAGACUAAUACAACUCAGCCAUUCAGCUACACACAAGCUAUACGCCUUGCAAAAGUAUUCAUCCCCCUUGGCGUUUUUCCUAUUUUGUUGCAUUACAACCUGUAAUUUAAAUGGAUAUUUAUUUGGAUUUCAUGUAAUGGACAUACACAAAAUAGUCCAAAAAUGGUCAAAUGAAAUUUAAAAAACAACUUGUUUAAAACAAAAAUCAAAUGAAUUAAAAACGGAAAAGUGGUGUAUGUAUUCACCCCCUCUGCUAUGAAGCACCUAAAUAAGAUCUGGUGCUACCAAUUACCUUCAGAAGUCACAUAAUUAGUUAAAUAAAGUCCACCUGUGUGCAAUCUAAGUGUCACAUGAUCUCAGUAUAUAUACACCUGUACUGAAAGGCCCCAGAGUCUGCAACACCACUAAGCAAGGCAUACCACCAAGCAAGCGGCACCAUGAAGACCAAGGAGCGCUCCGAACAGGUCAGGGACAAAGUUGUAGUGAAGUACAGAUCAGGGUUGUGUUAUAAAACAUGUCUGAAACAUUGAACAUCCCAAGGAGCACCAUAAAAUCCAUUAUUAAAAAAUGGAACGAAUAUGGCACCACAACAAACCUGCCAAGAGAGGGCCGCCCACCAAAACUCAGACCAGGAAAGGAGGGCAUUAAUCAGAGGCAACAAAGAGACCAAAGAUAACCCUGAAGGAGCUGCAAAGCUCCACAGCGGAGAUUGGAGUAUCAGUCCACUUAAAGCCGUACACGCCACAUAGCUGGACUUUAUGGAAGAGUGGCCAGAGAAAAGCCAUUGCUUAAAGAAAAAAAUAAGCAAACACGUUAGGUGUUUGCCAAAAGGCAUGUGGGAGACUCCCUAAAGAUAUGGAAGAAGGUACUCUGGUCAGAUGAGACUAAAAUGCUGCUUUUUGGCCAUCAAGGAAAAUGGUAUGUCUGGCGCAAACCCAACACCUCUCAUAACCCCGAGAACACCAUCCCCACAGUGAAGCAUGGUGGUGGCAGCAUCAUGCUGUGGGGAUGUUUUUCCAUCGGCAAGGACUGGGAAACUGGUCAGAAUUGAAGGAAUGAUGGAUGGCACUAAAUGCAGGGAAAUUCGAGGGAAACCUGUUUCAGUCUUCCAGAGAUUUGAGACUGGGACGGAGGUUCACCUUCCAGCAGGACAAUGACCCUAAGCAUACUGCUAAAGCAACACUCAAAUGGUUUAAGGGAAAACAUUUAAAUGUCUUGGAAUGGCCUAGUCAAAGCCCAGACCUCAAUCCAAUUGAGAAUCUGUGGUAUGACCUAAAGAUUGCUGUACACCAGUGGAACCCAUCCAACUUGAAGUUUUGCCUUGAAUGGGCAAAAAUCCCAGUGGCUAGAUGUGCCAAGCUUAUAUAGACAUACCCCAAGAGACUUGCAGCUGUAAUUUCUGCAAAAGGUGGCUCUACAAAGUAUUGACUUUGGGGGGGUGACCAGUUAUGCUUGCUCAAGUUCUGUUUUUUUUGUUGUCUUAUUUCUUGUUUGUUUUAACAACAAAAUAUUUUGCAUCUUCAAAAUGGUAGGCAUGUUGUGUAAAUCAAAUGAUACAAACCACCCCCCCCCCCCCCAAAAAAAAAUAAUUCCAGGUUGUAAGGCAACAAAAAUAGGAAAAAUGCCAAGGGGAUAAAUACUUUCGCAAGCCACUGUAUUAUUAUUUUUAAUGUACUUUAUGAGACCUUUUGGUUUUAGGUGAAUUUGAACUACCUGUUUAUUUAUUUCUCUGCGUUCAUUUGUCAAAUAUGUUAAAAGCAUUCAAAAGUGCAAGAGAGACCGGCAAGAAAGGCCGUUAUGUCUAUCUCCACAAUACCCUUUAGAUCACACAAGCACUGUGAGUUAAGAGGAUUAAGGGCUAGAGUUAUGAAAUGUCAGAAAAAAACGAGUCUGUUAAACACACCAUAAGCUUGACAUUUACAGUGUUUCAAAAAGACCUUUGUAAAUAUAAUUUUUAAAUAAAAUGUUAUUGCAAAUG